AUGCUGCGAGAUGAUGAUAUAGAUUUAUUAGUAGGAAAGAAGUCUGCCCCUAAACAAGGCAGAAGAUCGGUUAAAAAUGCCGAAGAACCAGAAAUUGCUGAAGAAUUAUCUAAGGAUAUGGAUGACCUGCACAUAAGAGCUAGAAAAACUAGUUUGUGGAGUGAUGAACCACCUAAAUCAUCUAGAUCUGAGUCAUCUGGGCGAAAUAUGAUUGAACUGGAAAGGUUUCAAAAUGAGAUAAAACUGGAUGCAGAUGAUAUUCCAAUCAUCCCAGAUAUAGAAGAGAUUCAAGAUGAUACUUUCAAAGAUUCCAAGUCCAUGUUAUCUUUGGAAGAAUCUGUUAAGGACUUCAAUAAACAAGUCAAUACUAUGAAAGUGGAUCCAAAUUUUGUAGGAGCUAAAUUUGGAGACAUUGAUCUAUCUUUUUUAAUGAGCAACUUGUACCCAGAAAAAGACGUUCAAGAUUGUGAUGAAAUAUGGACAUUGGAAUCGCUAUAUAAGGAUCUUUCCAGAGAAAGGGAAAAAAAUUGA